AUGCGCAGCUCAUCAACUUUGGAUGCACGGAUAUUCCUCUUUGGUGCACAGAACAUCCCAUCCUGCCUGCCAGACAUAUCGUGCUUGGAAGCCGAUAUUGAAGUGGUGCAAGGAGCAAAUGAAAUCGACGAAGCAUGCUUACUGGCUAUUCUACCGCAAUCUACAAAGAGACUCAUGCUGAUUAAGGAAGACCCAAAAAAGUUACUGGAUUGCAUCCAUCCCAACAACAUUGAAGACCUCGUGCUGCAUUUAAGUCGGCAGACUGUAGCAGAUUGGUGGCAGGAGGCUUCAUUGUCAAUAAGAUAUUUACAAAAAACGUUGACCUAG